AUUUUUGUUUAUUUCCGUUAUAACUCAUUAAAGCCCUAGGCUGUUUAACCUUUACUUCUACAGUCCACAAAAAUCUCUAUAUAAACAAACCUCCCAUCUCAUAGUUUAACCCAAAAAGGAAAACUAAACCCACUCAAACAAACAUCCAUCCAUCAAUACCCAUUUUAUAAUUCCUUUCUCCAUGGAAACAUUCUCUGAUUGCUUCUGGGUUUUGUUUGUUGCUUCCAAAUGCAAAACUUUCUCCUCGCAAAACUUCAUUUUGCUUCUUCUUUUCCUUUGCAUGGCUUGGCUGGCCAUGUCUCUGUGCUUCUGGUUCUACCCUGGAGGCCCUGCCUGGGGUAAGCAUUUUUGGCUGCGGAAAAGGUCAGCCACAAAACUCAAUAACAAUAUCAUUCCAGGGCCAAGAGGGUUCCCUGUUGUUGGAAGCAUGAACCUCAUGGUUAACCUGGCUCACCGCAAGCUUUCUGCUGCUGCCAAGUCUUUUGGGGCUAAGCGGCUCAUGGCCUUUAGCUUGGGUGAUACUCGGGUUAUCAUUACAUGCAACCCUGAUGUAGCCAAAGAGAUUCUUAACAGUUCCGUUUUUGCUGAUCGUCCAGUGAAAGAGUCAGCAUAUAGUUUAAUGUUCAACAGAGCGAUUGGCUUCGCUCCUUACGGGGUUUACUGGCGAACUCUAAGAAGAAUUGCCGCAACACAUCUCUUUUCUCCUAAACAAAUCAGCUCCACCGAGGCACAGAGGUUCGGUAUCGCCUCCCAAAUGGUUUCUAUAAUGGCAUGUCGUGGUGGAGAGUUCUCUGUACGCGAUAUAAUCAAGAAAGCUUCCCUCAACAACAUGAUGUGCUCAGUGUUCGGUAGUAAAUAUCAACUGGGCUCAUCAAAUAGUGAAACUCAAAAACUCAGCCAGCUCGUUGAAGAAGGUUACGACCUACUAGGGAAGCUCAAUUGGUCUGAUCAUCUUCCAUGGCUUGCUCGUUUAGACCUUCAAAGAAUCCGGCUUCGAUGUUCAGAACUUGUUCCCAAAGUGAACAAAUUUGUGAACAGAAUCAUUCAAGAACAUAAACUCCAAACGGGAAGAAGAAACCAUGAUUUUGUGGACGUUUUACUUUCUCUCAAUGGACCCGAUAGACUUUCGGACAACGAGAUGAUUGCCGUUCUCUGGGAGAUGAUAUUUAGAGGAACCGAUACUGUGGCAGUUUUAAUAGAAUGGAUAUUGGCGAGAAUGGUGCUUCACCCUGAAAUCCAAUCCAAAGUGCAGGCCGAGCUUGAUCAAGUUGUUGGGAAAUCACGGCCGUUGAUGGAAUCAGACAUUCUAUCGAUGUUUUACCUGCCAGCAGUGGUGAAGGAGGUUCUUAGGCUGCACCCACCUGGCCCACUUCUAUCCUGGGCCCGUUUGGCAAUCACAGACACUACUAUUGAUGGAUAUCACGUGCCUCCUGGGACCACAGCCAUGGUUAACAUGUGGGCCAUCACCAGGGACCCAGAUGUUUGGAUAGACCCACUCAAGUUCAUGCCAGAGAGAUUCGUGUCCAAGGACAGUGCUGAUGUGGAGUUCUCUGUGUUGGGGUCUGACCUCAGGUUGGCUCCAUUCGGGUCAGGCCGUAGGACUUGCCCUGGAAAGACUUUGGGUUUGGCCACUGUUAGCUUCUGGGUCGGCUUCUUGUUGCAUGAGUUCGAGUGGAUGCAAUCAGAUGAUAAUCCGGUUGAUCUCACCGAAAUGCUUAGGCUCUCCUGCGAAAUGGCUAACCCUCUGAAGGUCAAAGUGCACCCCAGGCGCUGUUAAAAAAGACCAAAAUAAGUGUGAAAGUUGAAACGUUAAUCGCAUAAUUUAAGAUUUGCUAAGUCUCACCAACCUGUUAGAUAUGCUGGACUUAAAUGUAAAUAUAGCAGGUGUUUGCUAUCUACGAAUCCCAAUGCCUUAAUCUUGACGUGCGUUGCUAUUAUAUGGCGAUCUAGCAAUAAGCUAGAGCUAGCAAUGUGUAAAUUGUAACUAUUUAACUGAAAUAUGGUUUUGAUCUCGUUUGGGUUUCACUUUUUAAUCCAAAACAUCUUAUAAAAUUGAUCACAGUAUUAAACCACUAAUGGAAUAUUCAAACCCAUAUGGAUCGAAUAUCCACCAUGGUGACAGUGCUCACCUUAACCCAAUCGACAAAGGAGGACAAAUCUAAAGCUCAGCAUGCUUGAAGUUGAUUGCAUUAAUUUUGUUGAGUUAAUUUGCUAGUGCCAUCCAGUAGUAAUAUGUUUUCUUUGCAGUGGGCCAUUAAAUUUGAUGCAGACACAUCACAAUUCACUCUAUAUACAGUUUUUUUUUUGUUGCCAUUCACGUUGUAUACAUUUAAUAAACAUAAUAACAGCUCUGCUUUUCUGCACAAUGUGCCCAUGACACUUUCUUUUUAAACCGUCCAUGGAACUCCAAGGACGAGCGAAAUCGGACAACAUUUUACAUUUCAAGAAGAAAGUAUAUGGCGACGAAUUGUGUGUCAAAAAGGACUAAUCAUACUAUAUUGAAAAGCUAAAAGGGUUAGGUGAAUGAAGCAGGAAGCUAAAAACAGUGGAACAUUGAUUGGAUGUUUAUCUAAACUUAUUCAAUACAAAUGAAGAUAAGCGAGCCUCUCCCGAAUGAAGAAAGUAAACAGGAAAAACAAUACAUUUUUGUUUCCGCGAGAUAUAAUGGCAGCUGCAAAUCAUUUGAUUGAAAUAUAUUUUGGAAUGGGUAUAUUUGACGUUAUGAAUCAUUUGAACAAUAAGCGUAUUCAUUCUAUAGCGAAUCUCUUACAAGAUCAACUUAGAUUAGCCCUGAUUCGUUUAGAAAAUGUAGUUAAAGGAACUG